GACGAUCGGCAUAUCAGAGAGUGAACUACUACCAUUAAAUAGUCAUAGUCACAGUGAGAGACUGACUAGAGUGUACUUAAAGUUGGAAUCCGGAAAACAUGUCUACCGUGAAGCCACGUUUUACCUAUUUCGCCGGCAGAGGACUGGGAGAAGUUACCCGCUUGGCUUUGAAUGCUGCUAAAGUGGAAUAUGAUGACAUUUACCUCCAAUCCAGAGAAGAAUUCUUACAGUUGAUCACAGAUGAUAAACUUUUGUUCAAGCAAGUUCCUCUGCUGGAGGUAGAUGGCCAGAAUCUAACAGGGAGUGAGCCCGUUCUUCGCUAUGUCUGCAACAAAUACAACUUCCAAGCAAAAUCUGAUGAGGACCAAGUCAAACUUGAGAUGUUAUGCAUGGGGGCGAGGGAUAUGCUAAAAUCAGGAUUCUCCGGCGCCGUGUUCCAGAAAACACGAGAGGAACAAGAAGCAAUGCUACAAGGUGCCGUCAAACAAUCCAAGAAUAGAUACUUUCCAGUCUUCGAAAAGGUCUUGGGUGAGAGUAAGUCUGGAUUCCUAGUAGGAGAUUCCCUUACCAUGGCUGACUUUAUGUUCUUUGAUGGUCUCAGCUACGUGAACGAGAUCCCUAAAAUCAAACCGUUGCUAGAUGACUUCCCGAACCUCAAGGCAUAUAUCGAACACUUUUCCAACCAACCGGGGCUUAAGGAGUACCUUUCUAGCCCCCGACGUCAUCCACCUCCCGAUAACGAGUUAGUACGGGUGGUAAAAAUAGUGCUGGACUGGUGAUCGUCAUGGUGGUCGACAACUACUUGGUAGUUAAUUUUUGUUCUCCAUUUGGCACCAAACUCAUGUUGGUUGAAGGUUUCCUUUAUUUUUGAUUGUUUGUUUUAUUUGUGAUUAAAGAAGGUUUUUUAAGCAUUCAGGCCUUCGCAUACUUCUCUAUACUUCCAUGUUGUACAUGUACAUGAUUUUGCUGAAGGAACACAUUUUCCUCUGGAUAGAAAAGUAAGCCCAGAUACCAUGUGUGCAAUUAAACUAAGUUCAAUUACAUAUAUUUUGCAUGUUUUAUAGGUAUUUUGUAAUCAAAUGCUUUGAAAGGUGAACUGUUUAGGGAUUUUCAUCACUUCCUUGGAUAUCGUACAAGAUUUUUCAAAAUAAUGUUUAAAACAUAAAUUCGAUCAUAGAAAAAUACAAUCACGUUCCAUUUUAAAAAUCAAAUAAUGUUAUGAUUUCUAAUCGAUUAGCAUCAAGUUUCUUCAAAGAAUUAACAUUUUCUGUGAAUUUGGUGUUCAGACAUUGCAGUCUUCUGUUUGUAAUCAAAGUCUUGCCUAAAUUCAAUAGUAUGAUUCUGUCUAUAAAAAAAUUCCCAAUUUAAAAUCAAGCUAGCAAAAUGUGUUGAAACUUGAAUCAUAUAUAUCUCUUAAUUUGUGAUGCAUUUUCACGAAUCUAGUUCACCAAGCAAUUGUAAGCCAUUUCUGUCAAAAUUGGUAAAUGCUCUGUACUUAACUUCAUUACUUUACAGUCUAUAUUUGCAGCAUGUUAGGCAAUACAGUGAAAAGUAAUUGUUUUGGUAAUUACCUGAAAUAUUUAAAAGAUAAUAUCCUCUCACGACGUAUAUUUAUCUUCGGAAAGAAAUAAAAGAAACUGUUUACAAAAAAAAAA